GCCGGUCUUUCUUCAUAAAUCAGUUCAUACCCUUGCUGGAUUCAAUUGUAAAGUAAUCUUGGCGAUUAAAUUUGGCGAUGUUUAUCAGGUGGUAUCUUUAAUAAUGUGUUUCUCUUAAGAGCUAAUCAAAGUAUGUCACUUGUUGCCAAUGUUGGCGCAUUUAUCGUCUAAAGAACGUAAGGAAUUUGUUUUAAAAACUUUCUAGUUACACGAUACAAAUUCUUUUUGAAAUCAAGAAAUUUUUAUGUAAUUGUAAUUAUUAAGCCCUGCUCUUGAUUUCUUUAUUUCCUUCCAAAUAGAAUCUCUUUUGGCGGCUUUUAAUGACGUCACAAAUACUGAUAGAUUACGCUUUCACUGUCAGUAUUUCUUGCAAACAUCUUUCAAUGAAUUGAUUGCUCAUUGGGAAAAAAAAAAGUACGAAUCUCUGUAAUGUCGACCUGAUCUAACAAAGAGAAUAAUUUGUUUCUUUGAAGUAUUAUUCGAAAAUUGCUUAUUAUAUUUCUGUUUGAAUGUAUUCAAAAUUAAUCCAUAGUGCUCCUACAGUAACAACGCAUGCGCAGAAAAUACGAUGAAACCCAAAUAAACAACAUAAAAAUUUUAACUAGGACGUGGAGAUGCUUUGUGUUUUAUGAUGUGGUACAAUCUAAAUUUACCAUGAAAUUUUGUUUAGUACGUGAAUUUUAUUCUAUAUUUGUUUCCUGUGAUCUUAAGAAAAGAAUUACUGUGAAUGUGACAGAUUGGAAAUAAUGGUUCAGAUUGGUCAUUAGAAGCUUAUGGGACGUUGACUUGUGUCUGAAAGCACCAUCGAUUAAAUGGGAAAUUUACCAUAGCACGUGUAUUUGUUGUUUUUUCUUUGAAUGUUGUGUUUAUUUUUUUUCUCCGUAGUGAAAUCUUUUCAAAAAAUUUUCACUUAAAAUGUGCCAAACCACUAUAACAUGAAUAGAUUUAAUUACUACAUUGUUAUUGUGUUAUGAAACAUAACCUUCUUUAAUUCAAGAAAAACAGCUUUGAAAGUUACUUUAUAAAAAAAAAAAAUAUUGAAUUAAUUCCGUCCAAGAUCUGAAAAAUGUGUAAUGAAGAUUGUAGUCUAGUGAACAGCUUGAAAAGCAUCACUGUAUGAAAAACAAUCUGGAGAAAGGUUCAAUUUUUUUAAUUUCAAAAUUAUGGGAGAUGUUUUGCCUCCCAAGAGAGAGACAGUUGAGCGUUUAAAACGUCGAUUUGAAAUUUAUCGUACUGUUCACAGUGAUCGUUUUCCUAAAUACGAACAAAAUGCCAAUGACAGUCGGGAAACAGAGAGACAAGAGACUUUAUUGCUCAGACAAAGGUUUCUGGAAUCUAAAGCCAAAAAAGCUAAAAACAAAAGUGAUCAUCAUCGUUCAUACAAAGACUCCAUAUCAGAUAGCAACAAAACACCUAUGGCCAAAUCGGUGAAAAGAGCUGCCGAAGAACAACUCCCCCAGCUUCAAGCAUCUAGCAAUGAAGAAUCUGAAAAGUCUUCCAAAAUGGCUAGAACUGAUUCUUUGCCUGAUAAGAAGCCUGAUUUAGUUCUCUCUCAGCAAACUUCUUGCCUUAAUGCAUCUCUGCAGUCUCAGCAGCAGCAAUCAUCCCAACAAACAUCAACACUCUCUAGUUUCUCGGUGCAAAUAGUUCCCAAUUUCACCAAUCAGCAGACUGUUCAAAAACCCCUAAAUUCUCCACUUACUGCUCAAGUUUCACUGCCACAAAACAACCAAACCGACAAAAAACCUGUGUGCAUAAGCAAAGACGAGAACUCCCAAUCCGGUAGAAAUUCCUGCAGCAAUCCUAUCGUUGAGUGCAAGCAGGAAAAGGACAACGAUCCGUCGGACAUGUGCCAAUUCAAGACAGUCACCCCCAACGGCAAUUCCUGCGAUUCUUUGUCGGACACAUUUCCUAGCAUUGGUGUGAAUGACGAUUCGGGUGAAGAUAUGCUUCCACCAGAAGUCCUGCACGAUUUAAUCAAAGACAUGACAGAAAAUCCUGAUUAUUCAGAUUUGAUGACUGACUUUUUUGAUGAUGGUGGCUUGAAGGAUCAAGAGAUGGUUGGUAAAGAAAUUACGGACUUAGUGAAAGAUUCUCCAAAUACUUUCCAAUCAGAUGAAGUUCCAUUAGUACCUAUUCAAACCAGUCUAUUUAGAAAUUUUCCUGGAAGCAAUGAAACUCCCAUCUCCACCCUGUCUGCUCCUUCUAUUCCAACAUCCUCUCUCUACAAUCAACCGGCUCAAAGGCUACCUCCUUCGUACAUGAACACUAAUAUACGUUUUAAUUACAAAAUGACCUCUGAGCCAACCGGAAGUUUAGCUGCUCGCACUCUCAAGCAACUGGCAGAGCAACAUCAAAGCCUACAACAGCAGCAACAAGUAUUUAAUCCAUCCUUAGUCAACAGACCAUCCUUUAGUAAAGAUAAUCCUUUCGCCAACCAAUCCCAGAACUCAUCAAACUUUUUGAAUGGAACAAAUACUGUUAACCAAAGCAGUGAAGGAGCUAACAAUUCCACUUCAAGCGCCUACACGUUGGAUCGUCUCUCGGAGGAAUUCUUUGGAACUUUACCUUCCAACUGUGAGCAGUCUAGCCCCAAUAAUAGGUUUGAUAUGAGUAAGCAAAGAAUGCCAGAGAACCAACAACAGCAACAACAAGUGGAGGAGCCGCCUCCUUAUGGUACCACAAGACUGCUCAGCCAUUAUUCUGAGAACGCUCAAGUUAGACCUCUCAAUUCCAUAAAUAGUAAUCAGUAUGUGCCACACAGUCCUAUAGGAGGAGGAAACAGGCAAAUCCAAAAUAAUUCAGAUCUAAGAUUUCAGUUUCCACAGCAGCCUCAACAAAUUCACAUGUCCCAAACUGAAGAAUUCAAGCAGCAACAGUUAGACAAGAUGCAACCACAUUCAAACGUUUUUAAUAAUUACUCUCAGCCGCAACAAACCAACCCUUCGUUGUCUCAGUCACUACCCGUGUCACAAUCCCUCACUUACACAACACAGUUUUCUCCAACUAUUACCAAACCACCCCCAGAGUACAAAGCCCAUCACAGUUUAAUAUCCGGGCAGCACGUCGAACAGUCAAAUAACUUACUGCAGCCUAUGUAUAACCAAUCAAACAAAAAUACCAAAUUCGGUAAAGUGCAACGUCCCCCUAACGUUACCAUAUCGUCCGACGGCACAGCUCUCACCUCUGCAACCCAUAAUUGGAGGCCAAAUAUGAGGAGUUUACCCCAAUCUAUACCCGUGCAAAAUAGAUUCCGAACAAAUUUGACAAAUUUUAAUAAUUACAGUUUGCAGUCAACAGGUCCACCCCUAUCUCCUCUGUAUAAUCAAUAUAGAGCUCCUGGAAUCCAAAUGCCUGUAACAGGUAAUCAAAUGCCUGUUACUGGAAAUCAAAUCUCGGCUGUUGGAAAUCGGCCGCCAGGACCCAGAAAUCAAAUACCAGUGCCUAGAAAUCAGAUUCCGAUGUCUGGAAAUCAAUUAGCCAAUAACCGUCUUAUAAGACCUGACAGUGUGCCCAACAAUGCCAUCUUGAUGCGUCAAAGAAUGAACAUCUCUCAGUGUCAGCGGAGUCCCACGAUGGCCUACUUAGAUCAGCAUUCUUCCAUGAGUGUUACGAGCAAUUCCAUGUCCCCCAAUCGAACACUUUCUCCCAUGAGUCCCCUAGGAUCGUAUGUCGGACCUAAAGAAAUGAUCAGGAAUGAUGGAACGAUUUCUCCACUUUGUCAAAUGGGGCAGUAUUCUGGACCUAAGGAUGUAAUGAGAAACGACGGAACUCCGACUAGUCCAAUGGCAACGUACAGUGGACCAAAAGACAUUGUUAACAGGAAUAAUAGUGGGCAUAUUAAUUUAGAUCUUUUUGAUAAUGUACCAGAUUUAUUUGAUUUCUCUGACAUUGUUUGAGAACAACCUUAAAAAAGUUUGUGCAAUACUUAUAUUUUUUAAAUAUAAGUUUUGAAUACUGAAUAACACCUGUCCCGGGAUGCUUAUUUGAUUACUUUAAUUACUUGAUUUUUUUUUUCUAUCCAUAUAUAUGUUUCAUUUCAGUGUCAAUUUUCAUUGCUGAUUUUUUUAAAUGUAUAAAAUUGAGUUUUAAAUUUUUUUUUUGAAAAAAACUUAGAUUAAGUUUUUUUUUUAAAUAUAUUUAUUAAUAUUUUUUAAUAUGUAUACAUAUAUAUUUUUUUUGCAAGAACCAUUUCAUAGUAUAAAUUUGUAAAUGAUCAAAACAUAUUUUAUCUCCAAUUUUUAUUUUAUUUUUAAUAUUUAAUUUAAUAUUUCUUCUACAUGAUUUAUGUAAAUUUGAACUUCAAGCUUAAAAUUAUUUGAAUAAUUUUUGGUUUAAAUGAUGAGGAUGAUUGAAAUAUGUAUAUUACGUUGAACGUAUUUUAAUUAUUUGGAAAUAUUAUUAUUGGAAUAAAAUAAAUUUUGCACCUUGAAUCAAGUGGAUAGGUUAUGUUUUGUCAAACAGUCGGCUUUUUUUAUUACAGCAAAUUGCAAUAUUUGUAUAAUGGAACAAAAUCACUGAAAUUCCCGAGUUGUAUAUUGAGAGGGAAAUUUGAUAUUUUCCUGAUAAAUCAGGGUUUUUAAUUGAUUUUCUUGAAGAAUUCUUUAUAAUAUCAAAAAUUGUUUAUAUGUAUUUUAUAUAUAAAAAUUCCUUUAAGAAUUUUUUUUCUUAAAACAAUAAGGUGAUAAUUUUGUUUUAUAUUUUCAUUUUAUUUGAGCAAUUUAUAUUAAUCCUUAAGAAGUAUAGGUUCAAAACAACUAAUUUAUGCUUUUAAUAUAAACUGAUGAGAAAGAAUUAUUUUUAUGAAAAAACGAGUGAUUAUAUGCAUAAAUAAAUGCAUUUUCGAAUUUUUUUUUUUCCUUAAUGAAUAAGAUUUAAGCAUAGAGUUAAAUCAACUUUCAAAUAUAUUUUAAAAUGUAUAAUUUUGCUGCUUUAUUCAUUUCCGUCAUAAAGUGUAUAUAGUUUAUCAAUUUUGUUAUUUUAAAUGUUUGUAUAUUUUCUUUUUUUUGUGUGUGUGUGUUCUUUAAUGAACUUUUUCUCCCAUCCCUAAAAAUAUCACAACAUUCCUCCUUUUUCUUUUGUAUUGAACUGUUUAAUGUCAAUUUAUUAUGUUGAUAUAAAAAGUAUCUCUUUCAGCAUAUUAAGCUGUUCCAUAUUAAAUGAUUUUUUUUUUAUAUACACAAUUUUUAAAAAGGUCACUAACCCAAUUGUUUGAUACACAAUUUUAAGAAAGAUGCAAAAACAUUUUUUUUUUAUAUAUAUUAUAUUUAAAAGGUCACAAACAUACAUUUUUUACAUAAAAUUUUAAAAUGUAACUAAAACAAAUUUUUGUUAUAAACAGUUUUUGAAAACUUGUGACACCCGAUUUAUUUUAUAUUCAAUUUUAAAAGGGUUCAAGCACAAUUUUUUUUCUCAACACAAGAGCAAAAUGUGCGGUUUUACAAAACACUUCUAUCAUUUAGUACUGGCCAGUUCUAAGGAAAAUAAAAAGCUUGUUUAUUACAUGAUCAUAGUAGACAUAAGGAUUUAUUCUUACCUAAAAAUCUCUUAAAGUUCCUCAAUAUUUUAGACAAAUAAAAUAAAUUUUUUUGAACCAUCUUUCAUUUAAAUUUAGCUAAAUUAAUGAUUGAAAACAGGGCUCCCAAGAGUCAGGGAGAACAGAGAAAACCUGGAAUUGUCAGGGAAUUUCAAUUUAACUCCAAAAAUCAGGAAAAAUUGUAAUUUUUUUCACAGAAACCUUGAAUAUUCGUAUAACAUACCUGUAAAAUGACCAGUCUUAAAAUUGUCGGUAACAGUAAUCAGUUACUGAGAUUCGAGUUAUAUAAUUCUAACAUCUAUUACAAUUAUGUGUUGUAAAAAUUUCACAUUUUAGUUGAACUGAAAUGUUCCCAUGCCCAUUUAAUAUAAAAUAUUGUCUCAAUUUUCCUUGAAAUUUAGCUGGUGUACUGUUCAAUUUCUCCCCCCCCCCCAAAAAAAAUAGUAGAUGUCAGAAACACUCAUGAUUUUGUGUCAGACAGCUUCUUAAUUGAAAAAGAGCAUAUUUUUUUCAUUAAGAUAAAAUGUGUCUGGAAAUUUUAUUAAGUGCUGUACAUGUCCAUGCAACAUUAUAGAUGAGGCCGAAUCUCAAUUUUUGGAAUUCAAAGUUAGAAAAAUAUUUCUUUUCUUUCGACAUGGAUAAAUUACUAUUUUCAUUUUGCAAUCGCUAACUCUGGCAACAAGACUUUUCAAAACCCAAUGUAGACAGCAAUGUUGCAUUAAAUGUGGGACCUUUUUUUGAUACUUAAUUUGUCCUGAUACUUAAUUAACUAAUAACCUUUAAUUAACCUUUUCAUGAUAUUAAUCAAAAUGGAAAUACUUUACAUUAUAUCAUACUAAACCAUUGCCUUUCUUCAACUUUAUCUUUGAAUUUAAUAGGCAUUUAAAAAGAACAGGGUUGUGUACCCUCCAAAAAAUGAAACUCUGGUAGGUUUAUUUGUUUUGUUUGAAAAAAAUCCAAUAAAACCCAUAUUUUUGUGGAUAAUAUUUUUUUCAAAAUUGAUUAGGAAGGUUUACCAGCCUUUUUUCCCUUCUUAUUACUACAGCUAUUAUAAUUUCACAUAUUUUUUGAAUAUUUUUCUCAAAUUAUUCUGCAAUUUUUAAGCUAAUAAUCGUGAAUGCUUUCUAAUAAGUUGUAGACCAAAACUUUUUAAUAUACUUUUUUUUUAAAAAACUUUUUAAUAAAACUUUUUUUGAAAUCUUCCCUAUGUUGAAAUGUAUGAAAUUUUGCAGAACAAAAAAUGUUUUAAUGUAGCAGAAAUAAAGCACAUUAUACUCUUUAUUUUAGACGAUUUUUUAUUUUUUUUUAAAUCUUAAUGAUAUUACGUAUUUAUUUUGUAAUAAAAUUCUAUAAUUAAUGGUGUAUCGGCUUAGUAAUAAUGAAAUGAAUGUCACAUUUAGUUAAUGCUUUAAGUGUCUAUCAAUUUUAACAAGCUUAUUGGCUUUUCUGAGAUCAAAACUGUUUCUCAAUUUGGCUCAAACAAGUUCUAAGCUACUUUUCUAAUUGCAAGUGUGACUGAUGAGUAAAUGUUAAAAGGCCAUCUUUUUUUUAUCUACUGAUAAUGGUUAAAACUAAAUUAAAAAAAUGAACGUUUACUGGGUAGGAAAGAGUAUUGGGUGUUUUUCCAAAAGAAUUGUCUUUGAUGUAGUUACGUAAUAUCCCAGAGUUUAAAUAAAAUAAAAUUAAUUUAUAAAAAUUGUGCGAAUUAAAUUGAAGUUAAACAUUUAAUGUUAUGUUUUUUAACUAGUUGAAAAUGUUUAUGAAACAAUAAAAAAAUAUAAUAAAUCUGUACUAAAUAUUACAACUGUACAAUACCAAAGUGGCAAUUGAUACAGAUUUCCAUUGAUUAUUUUUAUUAUUAUAGCACUUUUUUCUCUGUACUUAUAGAUAAAAGCUCGAUUUUUAUUGAACCACUUUCUAUGUUCUUCUUUAUAAGUCAGGGGUUUCCAACAUACAUGAGGCUGGAGGCUGCAUUAAAAACUCCAGUCAAAUGGCGGCCGCAACUUCAUCAAAAUUUUAUCUAGGACUCUUAUGUUUGAAGAAACAUUAAAAAUUACUGUCAGAUUUUUAUCAAGUUGUGCAAAGCAAACGUAUUGAAUUACAAAUUAAAAUUUGACGUAGAUUUUUAAGCAACAUACACGAUUAUUUUUGUAUUUGAAUAAAUAUUUUCUUAGAUGCAAAACCUGAGAAAUAAUUUUUUUUGCCUCUUUGGUUUGUUAAAUUUCCCAGAAACGUAGAAAUUAGGUUUUUUUUUUUUUUUUUUUAACGUAAGAAGAGUAUUUUAAACACUCAUAUAGGUUUUUUACGAAAAUUGUCCAAAAAAAAUUACAUCCAAUAUAUUUUAGUUCGUGGGCCUCAGAAAAUGGCUUGACGGGCCGCCAGUUGGAAACCACUGUUAUAGUUCAAGCAAAUAUUGGUUUUAAGUAAUUGUUAUUAUAUUCAUUUAAACAAUAUCUUUGUUUACAUAAUGAAUGAUACUUAUUUGUCUAAAUAAUUUGCACGAGAUCAAAGUUUUUUUUUUUACCUUUAACUCACCAGCAUUCAAGCUGAGCAAAUCUUUCCUACACUGACUAGUGUCCUGGUCAUAAGUAGUUUUUAAUUUUUGGUAUUUUAUUAUACCCCUUUGUAAUUAUGAUUUGAAAUUUAUUUUAAUGUUUUUUUUGUGAGAGAGAUAUUUAGGUAUUUAAAGCAAAUUUAUUACUUAUUUUUCCGUUAUCACAAGCUUAUUUUUAACUUAAAACUAUUAACUUACAUUUCUGUUAUCACAAACUUAUUUUUCUGUUAUCUUUGUCCAUGUACGAUUUGAUAAUUAAAAAUCAACCAUUAGUGAGAAAAAUUAAAUACCAUUAAAGUUAACAAGUCUAAUUUAUUUUCGCAUUAUUAAUUGUAUUAAAAGGGUUUAUUUUAACUGAAAAAAAAAAUAAUAACAUAAUGUACAUAAUCUUUGCUGUUCAUGUAAAUAUAACCAUUAUAAUGUUAGAUUUUUAAAAGUUCAUAUGUAUGUAUAUAUUGCUUUCUAGAUUUUUAGAACACUUUUUGAACUGCUGAUGAUUUUAUAGAUUUUAUAACAAUAUUAUAUGACAGCUGUACUUUGAAGUUUUAUGAAGAAAAAAAAAAUUAUAUGAUGGCACACUCGUGCAAUAUAAGCCCUUUACUGGAGAUAUAUUUGAGACUGCCUUGUAUAUGAUUAUAAUGUAAUAAAAUAAUUUCUAAAAA